AUGCAGGCUACUACCACUCUUUUACUUUAUUGCUCUAUCUUUAUCUUCGUUCGAGCUUCCCCAUCGACUGUGACAACUUACAACAAAUGGGCAACUGUAGGAUGCUUCGGAGACUCGAUCAACGCCCGCGUCGUUCCAAAUCAACGUUUCCCUCCCGGUGGCUCCACGUCAAUGACCGUCGAGCGUUGUUUGGACACUUGUCGCGCCGAAGGCUUCACCGUUGCUGGCCUCGAAUGGGGUCAGGAGUGCUGGUGUGGUGGUGAUAUUCCUUCAGAUGAGGUUCAAGGCUGCGAUAUGGCGUGUAAGGGCAAUCCAAACGAACUCUGUGGCGGUGGAAAUGCGCUCAAUGUCUACCGAUAUGGCGUUAUUUCUACCUAUAAAGAUUGGACGUAUGACAAUUGCUUUGUCGACUCGCGGUGGCACCGCGUCUUACCGGACGAAAUCUCCGUGGAAGGCCAGAUGACAAUCGAAAAGUGUCUUGACGGAUGCGAAGCUGCAGGGUAUCCUUAUUCAGGGCUAGAAUGGAGCCAGGAGUGCUUUUGCGGUCGCUCAGUGCCAACAGAAGUAGCUACAGAUGGUCGCUGUGACAUGAAGUGCCGAGGAAAUCCCGAUGAGCUGUGUGGAGGCGGUAAUGGGAUUCAGGUUUACCACUACGAGCCUCUAUCUUCCCCACACAAUCUUCCGCCACAGUCCCCCGCCCCACAGGAUGAUUGUCCCCAAUUCACAACGGUAACAACCACUUAUACGACCACAACGGGCGUCGUUCAAACACCGCUCGCCACAAGACCGUUCACGACUGUGCUCGAACGGACUGAUACGUACGGCGUCCCGGUUACUACUACCACCGCGUUUGUUGUAAUCGCAGAGUAUACCACGACAAUUAUCAGCCCUGUAACGAUCACUACAACCGCGGUGAUUCCAUACACGACUACAAUCAUCGUGAUUGGAGACGUGACGCUCACGAGCACGCUUGAGACGGCUGUCUUCGGUAGCACUACCGUUGAAGUGCCUUUUAUUGGAUCUACGACUGAGCCAGUGACUUUGACAGAUUCGACGACAGUGCCAAUUCCACUGACUGGCUCUACGACGACGCUUUUCCCUAUGACUGGAACGACAACUGUUUUGACACCUAGCACAGGGACUACAACGGUUCCUUUGACUGUUGGUCGGACGAGCUACACCCUCUCUAUUUACACUGGGACGACGAGCUUCGUGGAUCCAUUAACGACAAUCUAUCAGCCUAUCAUCAUCCUUACCACCCUUGCCAGAACAUUCACCACCACAACUGGUUCCCAAUUACGGUUCACUACGAGCGUCCCUGUCCCUAGUCCCAUCACUCUCACAGCCAGUGAUAUCCAGUUCUUCACCACGACAUCCUCGGCCAUUCAGACAUUCCCAACCACGUCACUUGCCAUCAAUACGUUCCUGACCUCUUCGAGCAAUAUUGAAGCUCUCACCUCUACGUCGACUUACUAUGUACCCUUUACCUCGGAGACGACUGGUUUCAUUCCAGUCGAGACAUCUUCUGUCAAUGUUGGAGACUAUACCUCAUCUACGACUGACUAUGUUGUUCAACCCACCCCAACUACCGUUUUUACAACGUACACGACGACAUCGGUCGGCUACACGACGUAUACAACGACAUCGUAUGGAGAAGUCGUGACCAGAGUCAUCGCCACAGUUGCAGAGCCAGUCACAGUCACUACCACCUUUACAACACGAGUGUAA